AUGCUUGAUACUGGACAAAAUUACUUAUUAAAUUCUCCGAACACUGAUGAGAAUAUUUCCACAAACAAAGUAACAAGAGCACGCGCAGAAAAUGGAUUAGGCCACGAACCAAUUGAAAUUAAUCGAUUAUCCAAUGGUUUAAGUGUACAAGGCAAACAAGAUCCUUCUAUACAAACAUCAGGUCGUUCAAUUAAAAGUAGUAUACCGUUAAGUGUUUCACAUCACCAACACAUGGAUUCAAAUCAAAAUGGACAUCUCCCUUCUUCAAAUCGACAAGGUUUUCCACGUCAGAUCAUCGAUUAUAGAACAAUGCUUAAUCAAGAAACACGUUUACCUUUGGAAGAGAAUAAUCACCUUUCAGAAGAUCCACAAGAACGGUUACUGAAACCCCUGGGAAGUUAUUUAGGCUAUACGGGUGAAUGGAGAAGCCUAGCCUUAACCAUCUCACGUGAUAUAUUUCUUCAAAAUCCCAAUGUUCGAUGGGAUGAUAUAAUUGGUUUAAGUUCAGCUAAACGUCUUGUAAAAGAAGCUGUUGUAUAUCCAAUUAAAUACCCUCAACUGUUUGCUGGAAUAUUGUCACCUUGGAAAGGAUUACUACUGUACGGACCUCCAGGUACAGGAAAAACUCUCUUAGCCAAAGCUGUUGCCACAGAGUGUAAAACAACAUUUUUCAAUAUUUCUGCAUCAACUAUUGUCAGUAAAUGGAGAGGGGAUUCAGAGAAGUUAGUUCGUGUUCUAUUCGAGUUGGCUAGAUUUCAUGCCCCAUCGACUAUAUUCUUAGAUGAAUUAGACUCUUUAAUGUCACAAAGAGGUUCAAUAUCUGGAUGUAGUACGUCUGGGGGCGGUGGAGGUUCAGGCAUAUCCAUGGGUAGUGAACAUGAAGGUUCACGUAGAAUGAAAACAGAAUUAUUAAUGCAAAUGGAUGGUUUAGCUAAAUCUGAUGACCUGGUCUUCUUGUUAGCAGCUUCUAACCUGCCAUGGGAAUUAGAUCAUGCAAUGCUGCGUAGAUUAGAGAAAAGAAUUCUAGUCGAUUUACCGAAUAAAGAAGCAAGAAUGCGUAUGUUUGAAACAUUUCUCCCACCAGUUAUUGGACAAGAAUCAUCAAAUGGAUUACAGUUGAAGUGUUUUCUAGAUUAUGAAUUAGCUGCAGAGUUAACUGAAGGCUAUUCUGGAUCUGAUAUACGCUUAGUGUGUAAAGAAGCAGCGAUGCGUGUUGUACGAAAAAUAUUCGAUAUACUAGAGAAUUGUGCUAGUGAAAAUCUUCCUCAGACGCACAUACAUCUUGAUCCGAUUACAACAGAUGAUGUUAAAGCUGCCAUAGCUUCAACAAUGCCAUCCGCCAGACAACUUGCUGAUAAAUAUGUUGAAUGGAAAGAACAAUACGGUUCCACAUAG